AUGGCUUCCGCAGCAGUCUCUUCCAUCCCGGCCGACCAGCCGGUGCUCAAGGUCGCCCAAUUCCCCGUGCCCCCAGCAGACAAGAAGAAACAUCAUGUCCAGACGACGCUGAACUACCUAAAACCUUCUGCCGAUGGCUCUCCCCCGCCUCCGAGCUACGUUGGCAAGCCUGAGACGUAUUAUCGCGAGCAUGAGACCCUUGAAGCGACGAUCCACGAUAUCUCCGGGAAUGAGCUGGAUUACACACUCGAUAAGAAUGGGUUCCAAUUUUAUUACCACGAGAGCAAGGAAAAAGACUUUGUCGACGACGACAAUCUCAAAGGCGAGUAUUAUGCGGAAACGGAACAGUUGCUGAAGGAUGCAACCGGCGCAUCCAAAAUUUUUAUCUUCGACCAUACCGUCCGACGUACCCCAAAAUCGGCAGAUCCUAAAGAUACUGCCACGCUCCGUGGCCCUGUCCAGCGUGUGCAUAUCGAUCAGAGCUACCAGGCAUCCACCAACCGCGUAACCCACCAUCUGCCAGACGAGGCGCCCACCCUGCUCAAGGGCCGAUACCAGAUCAUCAACGUGUGGCGUCCCAUCAAAGCCAUCUAUAAAGACCCGCUCGCCGUCGCAGAUGCCCAUUCCGUCGCCGACAGUGACUUGGUAGGGACCAAGCUGAUCUACCCGGACCGCGAGGGCGAGACGUACUCGGUCACAGCCAACAAGGCGCACAAGUGGUACUUUCGCUACGGGCAAACACCUGAUAUCGUGACUUUGAUCAAAUGUUUUGAUUCCAAGACAGAUGGACGCGCCAGGCGGGUUCCGCAUACUGCUUUUGUCAACAAGGAGACUGAGACGGAUGAGUAUCCUUCCCGGGAGAUCACAAUGGCCGACUCCGAGAUCCCCUCCGCCACGUUCGACACCAUUCUCACUCUGGACUUUGGGUCUCAAUAUACACACUUGAUUACCCGGCGCUUGCGAGAGAUCAAUUGCUAUAGUGAAAUGCUCCCAUGCACCCAGAAGCUUGCCGACCUUUCGUUCAAACCCAAAGGAAUUAUUCUCUCCGGUGGUCCAUUCAGUGUUUACGAAGAUGGUGCUCCUCACUGUGACCCCGCGUUCUUCGAUCUCGGCGUCCCUAUUCUCGGAAUCUGUUACGGUCUGCAGGAAAUCGCUUACAGGCGGGACAAGAGCAACGUUGUCGCCGGCACCGCUCGCGAAUAUGGUCACGCCGAUGUGACCGCCAAAAGACUCGACAGUCAGGGACACGUUGACCAGCUUUUUGCUGGUCUGGAGGACCAUUUCAAGGUCUGGAUGAGCCACGGCGACAAGCUGGUCAAACUCCCAGAGGGAUUUCACACCAUUGCUACCUCGGCAAAUUCUGAAUUUGCCGGUAUUGCUCAUGAAACAAAACAUAUCUAUGGAAUCCAAUUCCACCCAGAGGUCACGCAUACACCCGAUGGAGCCAAGCUCUUGAAGAACUUUGCUGUGGAUAUCUGUGGCGCCAAGCCAAACUGGACCAUGUCCAAGUUCGUCGACCAAGAGAUCACGCGAAUUCGCAAGUUGGUGGGCGAUACGGACCAUGUGCUCGGCGCCGUUAGCGGUGGUGUUGAUUCUACUGUUGCGGCGAAAUUGAUGAAGGAGGCGAUUGGUGAUCGUUUCCAUGCCGUUCUCGUCAACAACGGAUGCAUGCGUCUGAAUGAAUGCCAAAAUGUCGAGGACAGGCUAAACAAGCAUCUUGGCAUUAACUUGACGGUUGUCGAUGCAUCAAAGCGCUUCUUGGACGGUCUCAAGGGCGUCACAGAACCCGAGAAGAAACGGAAAUUUAUUGGCAACACUUUUAUCGAAGUGUUUGAAGAGGAAGUGCCGAAGAUUGAAGCUGCUGCCGAAAACACCGGCGCCAAAGUGAAGUGGUUUCUUCAGGGAACUCUGUACCCUGAUGUCAUUGAAAGUAUCUCCUUCAAGGGACCUUCUGCUACUAUCAAGACUCACCACAACGUUGGCGGUCUGCCCCAACGCAUGAUUGAUGGCCAAGGCAUGAAGCUCAUUGAGCCUCUUCGUGAGCUGUUCAAGGAUGAAGUCCGUCAGCUCGGACGAGAGCUGGGAAUUGCCCAUGAACUUGUCAUGAGACACCCCUUCCCUGGACCAGGUAUCGCUAUCCGUGUCUUGGGUGAGGUAACCCCGGAGCGUGUUGAACUCGCGCGUCGAGCCGACCACAUUUUCAUCUCCAUGAUCCGAGAGGCGGGUCUUUACGACCAAAUUUCCCAGGCCUACGCUGCUUUGGAUCCUAGUAAAGCCGUUGGUGUCAUGGGCGACAAACGCGUAUACGCUGAAAUCAUCAUCCUGCGUGCAGUAGAAACAACAGACUUUAUGACUGCACGAGCUUUCCCAUUCGAUAAUGAGUUCUUGUCGAGAUGCUCUACCAGAAUCAUCAACGAAGUCCACGGUAUAUCUCGAGUUCUUUACGACAUUUCAAGCAAGCCGCCUGCUACCAUUGAAAUGGAAUAG